AUCACUGGAAGCGAACUUUGAUCUUCGUUUGUUUCGUUUGAUUAUGCAGUUUUUCGUUUUCCCUAAUUGGAUGUAAUGUCAUUUUUGUGCUCUCUGUGCUAAUCAUUGGGUGAUUGAUCUGUUUUCUUCUGUUGCGAUUGCGUUGAAAUUGAAAACCCUUAGUUUAGACGAAAUUAUGAGUUCCCUUUUUGUCUUCUUUGCUGAUUGAACUUCUGGAACCAUUCUUGAACCCUUCAAAUAUAUGUUAGUGGGAUGGAGUUUGUGUUGUUGGAUGGUUUUAGCAUCAAAAUUAGGGAUGGACGUGUGAGAUCCCACAUCGGUUGGGGAGGAGAACGAAACAUUCUUCAUAAGGGUGUGGACACCUCUCCCUAGCAGACGCGUUUAAAAACCUUGAGGGGAAGCCUGGAAGGGAAAGCCUAAAGAGGACAAUAUGUGCUAGUGGUGGGCUUGGCUGCUACAGGACCUUGACGCGUUUGAGAAUAUUGUUCCCUCGGUUCUACUUUUGAAGUUCUAGGAGUUUGAACUCCUGGUGGGGCAAUGGAGGGAGGUUGGAAAGGGCAAUUCAUUUGGAUUGAGAUAAGAAAAUGGUUAAGUUUGAAACAAAGAAGUGAAGUGAGGUUAGGAAUGAAGUGGUAAAGGAGAUAUCUAAUUCUGCUUAUGUGAUGUUCUUCUCUCUUUUAAAUCUCCUCUCAACUAGGGGUUGUGGAGGGUUACGAGUAGUUGUUAAUGUACAAGAGGAACCACGGACGAGGAGUGGCUCGUGACAGGUUUCAUGGUGAAUGAAGCGGUAUCAAUUGAGAAUGAGAAUGGACAUUGACUUACAAGGAAUCUUGGAGGAGUUUCUUCAAUCCACUGCUCAUGUGAUGGACAAUAAUGAACUAGUUGAUGAACGUGGUCUAAAUCAAUCGCCAACUUGUGCAUGUUGCGAACGAUUCCUAGUACUUGAUAACGAUGUCAGUGGUGAACCUGAAGCCAUUGGUAUAUGUAGCGAUUGUAAGUUUUUGUUACUUGAAGAUAUGGAAUUCCCUGAACAGGAUUCUUAUAAUAGGGCGUUGCCAAGAGGAAGAAGAACAAGGCAUGGUAGUUCAGAGUCUCUUGAAAGUCGUUUUUCGCAGGAAUUCUCCCAUAUGAUUAACUUGGUGAGGCAAAGUCAGUCGAGUAUCUCUAGCUACGGGGAUCGGUAUGCAGAUGGUUCUAAUGCUACUUAUGCUACGCAGGACUCGAGUUUGCUUAUGAGCCCCAAUCAAUCUAGAAGAUGGCAUCGAGCAAACUCUGAUUCUGAAAAUGAUGGUUUAGAUAGUAUUGACUCUAUGUUUCGAGAGAGUGGAUCAAAUUUCAGUUUUGGGUCUUACAGACAUUCUUAUGGUGAUAUUGAUUUUGUUUCGUACAGAACUUAUGGGGGUGACUCGGACGCUUCCAUGGAUGGACGAAGUUCCUUGGACACAGAUGUUUUCGUUUUUCCUGGUGAUGGAUUCAAUGAUACCGAUAUAGACAUUGAUCCUAUGCGUGCUGGUGUCGGCGAUUGGGACUUGAGUGAUGAGGAGGAGGAUCUUGGUGAAUUAACAGAAGCUGACACAGAGCAAGAUGCACUCGAAGUAGAAUCUUCUCAAGCUAGGCCUCCACUUCAAGAUUUUCAAGUUUCUAGUGCUUCUGGGAGAGUUAACUCUGGUAAUUGGAAUGAACAACUUUCUUCACCAGAAUACGAACUCGAGCGAAUCAGGAGGAAUGGGCGAUUUUAUUCGAACAUGAACUAUUCACAGUCGGAAUUACUAUCUUUCGUUGAGAAUUUUGGUGAAUAUCUUGACCAACAAGGCUUUGAACAACUUCUUGAGCAAAUUGCCAUGACAACCAGCUCAAGACGCGGAGCACCUCCUGCAGCUGUCUCUUCAGUGAAAAAUCUCCCACUUUUGGUGAUUUCUAAAGAACAUUUGAAACAUGACAAUAUAUCCUGUGCAAUUUGUAAGGAUUUCUUACAUGUGAGCGUCGAAGUGAAUCAACUACCUUGCCUUCAUCUCUACCACCCUUCCUGCAUCAUGCCGUGGUUGAGUACACGGAAUUCGUGCCCCCUUUGUCGAUAUGAGCUUCCAACCGACGAUCGAGAUUACGAAGAGGGAAAGCGAAGUAGUAUCAAUACAGCAGAGGUCCAAGUAGUUGGAGCAAAUCUAGAGUUUAGAACCAGCCAAGGAGAGGAGCUGAACAACAUAGACUCUGCAGUUAAUAACAGUAACAAUUCAGGCAGACACGACGGUAUAAGAAGUUGGGUGUUCGUGGCUGCUCCGAUCGUUGGUCUUGCAGGUAUAGCCCUGAUGUUAUGGUUUGGUAGCCCUCGGUGUGAUCAAAGAGUACCCGGAGGCCAAGCUGCAGACAGAAGGCAACUUGAUGCUCACAUUGCUGAUGCAUUGAACCAAAGAGAGAACAGAAGCAGGAGAUGGUGGUGAAUUGUCUAGCCAUAGCGUACGCGUUCGAGUAUCCUUGGAGCGUCGUACAAUGGUGGUUUUCUUCCGCAUUUAGUCUAUUGUUUUCGGCCAAUCUCCGAUGGAGAAGAUUUAGACCAACACUAAGGUUAGCUUGUUGUCUGCUCAACAAUUCUCAACGUAACUCAACAUACUUCAACGUAAGACGUAACUCAACGUACUUCAACGUAAGCACAUGUAUAAAAUGAUCUUUGUUAAGGUUUAGUUUGGACGAGAAAUUCGAGUAUUGUGUGAAGAUAAUUCGAUGACUAGAAUGUGAAGUUCACAUUAAAACAGGAAUUUAGAUUGAAACUUCUAACAUCGUUUAGCUUGAGAUGAACCGAACAAGAACAUAGGGUAGUCAACACUUUUAUCCAAACACUGAUUGAGCUGGACAAGUAGUUGACUCCUUUUUUGAUAUCAUAUCUUGCAAUAAGCCAAGAAAUGGGUUAUGUCCUAAGAUUUAGCUUUUAACCUAUACUUCUCUUGACAUUGUUCUUACUUAUUUCAACAUUCUCGGCUUCUCUUCUCGUCGCCUUCGCAUUACUUUUCUUUUCAUGGUUCUUUUGCUUCAUUUGGACUCCGAGCUUCUAUUUGUAUAGGCAUUAUUGUAUAGCUAUUUUGUCAGUAGAUGAUACAUUUUGGAGGAGGUUUAGUUCAUGGUCAUUAUGUUUCUAGCUCUCCAACUAUUCUAAAUAAAUCUCAUUAGCUUUUCUAUUGUCUGUUUCUUUUUUACGACAUCAAAUUCUCCUAUAUUGUGAUAACUUUAGUUGAAAUUUUAAAUGCAUCGUCACCGGUUGAUGUAGGUGGGCAAGGGGUUGGAGGCAUGCAUUGUGUCAUAUUAUUUGUCAAGUAAGAAUGUUGCUCAUUGAUGUGACCAAUAAAUUGCUACCAAGUAUCAUAACAAAUUUCUCUCUUUAUAUUACACAACUCAUUUGCUGUAUUUGCUACCAUGCUUUAUGUUUUUGGGCAAAAUAAUGCUGAGCUGCCCUUAGCUGCAACAAGUGAUUGUACCCAUCCCUUAGUUGCAUCACCUAAUUCUUGCUUUAAUUCCAGGUUUAAAACCAAAAAUCACUCGUGUUCAUCGAUGUGCUUUUAUCAAAUCUCGGUCGCCUAAUUCUUGGUUUGGAGUUUGGUUCAAUUUUUAUGUAAGUUGCUUUGAAUAACCUUUUUAGACUUAUCAAGAUUUGUUAGUUAGUCGCAAUAUCAACUUGGGGAAGAGAGCUUUUGGGGAUUAAUGGCAGGAAUCAUCGAUUACAUAAUUGGAAUUUGGCGUUCUCCUUUGGGUGGAAAUCCUAAAAGCUCAAUUUUUUGUCAGGUUAUUUCUUGUAGUCAAGUAGUCUAAUCAACUGUAAGUAACGAUUGAACUAUUUUGUAUGAAUUUUGAUCGUUCAAUAAUUAUGAAUUUUGAUUGUUUGAUAUA